AAGCAGACCGCGGCAGCAGCCAGGACUCGGGUGCGGACACCUUCGUAAGCCAAACAGCAGCAGCGAAACGCCGGCGAAGGAGGGUGGUGCUUUGGUGGUGCUUGCGCGGGACGAGGUCGAGGGUUCGAAAAGGCCAUGUCUGCAGCUUCCUGCAGGACCUGCGCUGUUUCACGACCGGAAUGGGUUAGAGGGAAGCUUGGGUGUUUUGUGAUUGAUUUUGUUUGUUUUUGUAUGAUGGGAGGUAGGAAUGUGGAUUCGAACCGGUUGUAUUCGGUGAUGGUGACCCGGGGAUGGUGGUUGAAGGUCGAUUCCCGCGAGGACUGGGACGAGAUCAUCGAGGAGAUGGCGCUGCCGACGCGUUGCGUGAACAAGGAGAUUGCGUUGAAGAAGAAUAACAUCCGAUUUUUGGACAAGUACGAGAAAGGAUCCGACGAAGAGGAGGACGGCAAGAAGCGGCAUAAUCGGAGGUGGUCAGCGCGGAUGUUGCACUCGAUGUCGGCGGUUCACAAUACCGCAACUUCCCGCCCACAAACGCUCACAUCGCGACGCUGGGGCUGGGGACAGCGAGCAUAAAAAAUCUGUGUCAUUGUGGAAGGAGGAUGAAGUGCUCGAAAUCGAAUUCCGUUCCGAGGGCCUCAUCAACCCCAUGUUCCGGAUGCGCUUCCAGGUUCUGGAACUCCCUGUUCAGGCACUUCACUUCUCAGCCGGGAAACGUCGACCACCCUUCCCGAAUCAAUAGCCAACUUCUCCAAACCUGUCCUGACGAAGGCCGGCAAUGGACCAUCCUGUUCGCUACUUUGCUGUCGCGCGUCGAAACGUCCAUCCGGAACCGUCCAGCUUGUGGUUUUCGGAAGUUACCGUUAACGUACCGUAAUAAUCGGUACAGCUUGGACUCGGAUGUUAGCCAGAAGCGUUAAAUACAAUAACAACAUGUUUUUUUUUAACUUAUUGUUUAAAACUUUUAAAAAUAAAUAUAAAAUAAAGCACUUUUUUCUGAAAUUAACACUGUAUUAUUAAAUGUUGUUUAUUCUUGCCAUAAAAGGUUUCUUUUCCAAUUAAAAGUAAAACACUUUUACCGAUACAACGAUUUUGUUCCAUAAAUGCAUGGUAGUAUCAAAAACUUUUCAACUUUUAAAUUAAAAAGUUUGAACUUUCUACGAAUAUUCACCAACGCGAACUUUUAAUCCAACGAACGAUCUUUUUAAAUUUAGAGUAAUUU